CCUGGGAAGUGGGAACGAGGUUAGGGACAACCAUAGUCGUUUGAGGAGAGAGGAGCCCGGGAUUAUUCCCUGUUGUAUCGUUGACACCUCUCGGAAUGACUCGAUACAAUUUCGUUGUACCUCUGUGGUGAUGGCUGUCCACGUGGAUUGUGGAAGUCCAUGACGAACAGAUCACCGACUGGUGGAUCAUCAUCUGAAGCUGGAUAACAAACUGUGUGCAGCGCAUCAAAGUGUCAUUCCCAAAACAUGGACUACAGGGACACCAAAAGCACCUCCAAGCCGCCCUCGGGGAAAACCAUGAAGCCGCGGGCCCCCGCCCCCCCCCCCGGCCCCUGAGCCCGCCCCGCGCCACAUCUUCAGGAACGCCGUUCCCGACGGCGCCGGGGCCAAGGAGAACACCAUGAGGACCUCGGUGUACGUGCACGUCACCUACCCCCAGGGCAACCAGACCAGCAUGACCGUCGACGGCAGUAAGGCUCUGAUGGACCUGAGGGUGGAGCUGUGCAGUCGUCAGCACCUGAACCCGUCCCUGCACACCCUGGAGCUGCUGUCCCCGGAGGGCCUCCCGCUGGCCUUCAAGCCCAACGCGCUGCUGGGCUCCCUGGACCUCGCCCGCAUCCUCAUCAAGGAGAAGGACGUGAGGAAGGAAGGGCUGCGCAGGCCGGCGCCCAAAAUACCCGAGAAAACGGUGCGUCUGGUGGUGAACUACCACCGCACCCAGAAGGCGGUGGUGCGGGUCAACCCUCUGGCGCCCCUGGUGGACCUGCUGCCCGUCAUCUGCGACAAGUGUGACUUCAACCCCGCGCGCGUGCUGCUGCUGAGGGACAGCCUGAGCGGCCACGAGCUGCCCCUGGACCAGUCACUGGCCCAGCUGGGCAUCAAGGAGCUCUAUGUGCACGACCAGAGCCUGGUACUCCAGCCUAAAAUGGCUUCUGCCCCUGCUCUUAACUACUCAGACUCUAUGAGCUCCAGCAAUCUCAGUGUGGGGACAGCGGAGAAGAGAGGCUUCCUGGGAAUCUUCCGCUUCAACUCAAGGAAAUCCAAGGCUGAGGAGGCUAUGGAUACUGAUUGCACGGAUGCUAAAUCUAUGCAGAGUACAGACGCACCCUCCAACGGUUUAUCCACGGCGUCGGUGGCCUCUGAAGCGCGGCCCAGCACUCUGGGCCAGUCCCAGUCGGCCAUGAACCUCUCCAGGACGUCUCCCAAGAGCGAUGCCAAGAAACGGAGGGCUCCGGCCCCCCCACCCACCCCAGCCACCUCCUCCCUGGGACAGUGCAGCCUGGACGGCUAUCAGAUGGGCCUCGGCACCGACAGCAUGCUGAGGAAACGAAAAGCCCCGGCCGCGCCCCCUACCUCGGAGAGCUCGGCCACGACCUCCCUGGACGACUCCUCGGCCACGCCCACCCGCGACAGCACCCCGGCGCCCACCCCCAUCGCCCGCACCAAGGUGACCCCGCCCGCGGCCCCCUCUACGGCGCCCCCCCCUGCGGCUCCGGCCCCCACGCCCACGCCCAGCCUCACCUCCAGCUGCCCCUCCUCGGCCACCAGCUCCCCGGCCCCCAGCACCACCACGGGGGGCAGCCUGACCGCCCAGGACUCCAGCUCCUCCUCCGAGUGCGGGCGGAGUCCCGAGGCGGAGUCCGACAGCGAGGUGGACGCCUCCAACGUCUCCCUCCGCAGCGGGUCGCUCAGUGACACCAGCGUGGCCAGCUACGCGCCGGGGGCGGGGCUUACACGCGUUCAGCCCGCCGUCACCACCGCCGCCGCCACCACCACCACCAGCAGCAGCAGCAGCAUCAGCUCCAGCGCCGCCAGCAGCCGGACGGAGGUCUCUGUGGAGUCGGCCGACAGCCAGGUGAAGCGCCUGUCGGGGGCCGACCUGGCUCAGAGAGGGUCGCUGGUGGAGCUGAGGAUGAACGCGACGGAGAACAACCGACACAGCGCCGUCGACGCUGCCUACGGGCCGAUCCCGCCCAAACCCGCCCGUGCCAGCCCCCCACGCCUGAUGUCCGACCCCCAGCACCCGCCCUCCCUCCCCCUGCCUAGCCCCUCCCCACCCUCCCACACAGGGCCCCCCCGCCGUCGGGCCGGGGAGACGGAGAGACAGGAGAGAGAGGUGGAGGAGAGAGAGGUGGAGGAGAGAGAGGUGGUGGAGAAGGUGGCCUCAGCCACGCAGUCCUGGCUCCACUCUCUACCAUGCCCCAGACUUCCGCAGGGGGGGGGCGCCGGCCGAAGCGCACCCGAGGACGAGACCCUCUCCCUGGGGAGCAGCAGCGGCAGCAGCAGCCUGCCCGACCAGGGCUACGCCGCCUCCGAGGGCAUGGGGGAGGCGGAGGACUGCGGCACGGCGGGCUCCCCGUGGGGGACGCAGCCCGCCUCCCCGGACAAGACCAUGCACGGGAGAGGAGAUGGAGGGAGACCCCUCGGACCCAUAAAGGAUGUCUCCAGCGACAGCGACGAAGGGUGUGCAACCUGGGGGUCCAGACACAGACCAAUGGGCAUAAGCCUGAAGGAUAAAGCAGGCAGCAGGAUGGACGCCUACGAAGAGGACCCCGAGCUCACCGCUGAACUCAACAAGACCCUGGCCGACUUUGACGCUGAAUUAAACGACAUUAGCCGUACGGAGGCCGUCACGCCAAAAGAGUAUCGCUAUGCCUUCCCCACAGACGUCCACGGAGUGCCUGUCACUGUUGUGGACCUGGUCCCAGUCACCGCUAUAGAUCUACCGGAGGACUAUGGAAACACGGUCACUGACGGUGUCACCAAGACGUCGCCGCGGAAAACGUCAAAUGUCAAUAAUGCUCUGAACGCUGCUCAGCAGUCCGGGGACAAAGCCCACAACCAGAACAACAACGCUUGUAGGGACGGAGGCCCUACCAAGCGUGUCAGUGACGUCGCUAAACGACCACCGCCGGCCGCGGCGUAUGUAGCCUCCGCGGCGGGGCACACAGCGAGCAGUGCGGUCAAAUCCGAGAACAAGCUGACGCAGCGAGAAGCCAACGCCAAGACAGGCGGCGUCAGGGAAGCGGCGAAAUCGCGUCCCAGCGAGAACGCCGGCGUCAAAGCUAGCCCUCCCGUCGGCAAAGAGAACGACCUCCCGCCGAACACUCGCAGGACGCCGUCCGUGAACGGGAAGGAGGACGUGGGGGAGUUCCCCGUCUACAGGCCCCACCUCAACACGGACGUCAUCUCAGCCUACUCGGCCUCCGUGUCACAGAGCAAGAUCACCCAGAGCUCCACCUCGCGCUUCGGCCUGAAGACCUUCACCGUGGUUCCCCCGAAACACUCGCCCGCGGCCGUCACGCCGCAGGCGGGCAGCACCGUGGGCACCGCGGGCGCCAUCAAGAUCGACGAGCAGGGGAACAUGGUGCAGACCGGCGUGUGGCAGAAGCCCGGGGCCCUCAGAGCGGCGUCCGGGGCCGUCGGUCCGACGUCGGGGGCGGGGGGGGACACGGAGGAGCGCUCUCCGCUCCUGGGCCAGGCCAAAGCCUUCUGGAGUUCGUCCGAACGACAAGACAGCGGGGAGCCGAAGAAGACGGUGUAUCCAGCCUCCCCCGAAACCUCGAGACACGCUAAGAAACCGGAAGACCUGAGAAACACACACCCGGUAAGACGUGAGCCUUCCCUGGUGGCGAAGCCUCAAGAGAGGAGAGCCGCUGCCACGGCGACCAAGGAGGCCGCCGAAGUACAGAAGGAGUCGGAGCAAAAGGUGAUCAUCUUGGAGGAGACGCCGGGCAGUGCCUCCGUACCGGCCUAUUCUUACCAACCCAACCCACAGAGAGACCUGUCCUUCCUCCGACCGUCCAGGAGGACGUCCAGCCAGUACGUGGCUUCCGCCAUCUCGAAGUACGCCAAACCAGAAGGCCCCGCCCACGGCCUGGAACCCCUGCAGAGGAACGCCCAGUCGAGCUUCCAGAGAGGGGGCCGGUCCAUGCAGGUGAUCCCACGGGCGUCCACCCUGCCUUCGUGCGACGGCGACCAGAGGGGGGGGCCCGUCGGCCCGGGGCCACCGCGGUCCCCCGGACCCACCAGGUCCAUGAGCCACCCCGACCGCAUCGCCACAGAGACGACCGGAGAAGCGAAGUGGGGCGGAGGAGGGAGGCUCGUCGGGAGCUCCAGCUUCUCCAGAGUAAGCCUCAACGCCCCGGACACCAAGAGGGUCAGCAGCUGGCCGGUGGUGAGCCCCGCCCCGGGCAGAGGGACGGCCGGGGACAGCAGGAGUCAGAGCGUGCACAGCGAGGCACCGGACCCAGGGCCGAGCCACGCCGGCCAGAACCAGGCGCGCCCCCCCAAACAGGGGACGGGCGCCCACGUGCCAGCACCCAUAGUUCAAGUUAAUAACACCCCAGUGGUGACCACCACCACCACCACCUCAACCUAUCCGGUGCUGGCGGACAGACCGGAGCCUUCCGCCCUCCCGCCCGCCGGAGGUCUGUUCGGGCCGGUGAAGAAGUUCAAGAAGGUGACGUCCAAACCCGUCCAACAGGAGCCCUGUCUCCACAACGACCUGAUGGACGCCAUCCAGACCGGGGGACGAGACCGGCUGAAGAAGACUCCAGGCACUGCCCCCGGUGGUCUGAAGAAGAGGCCGUCCCAGGCUGAGGACGACAGCGAGAGGUCCGCUCUGCUGUCCGCCAUCAGGGCCACGGCCAGCAGUGGGAGGCUCAGACCGACCAAGUCCCUGGCAGCUCACGAGCUGCAGGGCAUCAGGAAGUCCUCCUCUGCAGAGCAGCAUCCUGCCGUCUCCAUAACCAGACCUUCACGUCCCCUCUCCCCAACGCCUCCUCCUCAUCCAUCAAGCUACGGCCUCUCUCCUCCUCCUCCUCCGUCAGGCUUCGGCCUGUCUCCUCCUCCUCCUCCACCACCGCCCCCGACGGGACCUCCUGCCAUGCCCCCCCAGCUCCGGCGCGGGGGGUCGGGGGCCGGGGACCCCCGGGGUGACCCGGCGGCGGCCAGAGAGGCCAUGAUGGAGGCCAUUCGGUCGGGCUCGGCCGUCGGGAACCUGAAGAAGGUCCCAAGGGGCUUUGCAGGAAAAGAAGAGAAGCGAAAAAUCGCCGCUCCGGUGAAGACGGUGCACGUGAACGGCCGCCUGGGGACGAUUCAGAGCCGAUCCCUGGCUCUCUCCCAGCAGUGAGCCCCUCCAAGAGUGCCUGCGGAGCACCAUAAGACGCAGGGGGGGCAUGUCGAAUCCCACAGGCUAACAACUCCCCUGCUGACCGUACCACAACGUUAAUCCCGUUUGCCACAACGCCUCGGGGUCCGUCUUCUGUCGAGAGCUCAUGGCAUGAUGUUUUAAAAGCACCUUUCUGUGCUUUACUGGAAGAGAAACACUGUAAAGUUCACCUACAGCUUCACGAACUGGGGCCAUAGACUGACACUGCCAAAAAGGGCAGCUUUAGUCAGAUUUCGCUUUUGAGGUUAUUUAAUUUUGUUUGUUGUUAUUUUUUUACAUUGAAAUCUUUUUGUUUUUCCGUUUGAUAUCGCUUUCUGUAAAAUACGAAGUUGAAAGUAGGGAGGCUACUGGCGAUCAAACCAUUUAGGACGUCACACGGUGAAGGGAUUUCUUAAGCUGGAUGCACGUCUUUAUAUAUUUAAUAUUAAUUGAUAUACAUUUAUGUAUGUGAUUGCAUACUUCUAGAUCGUUUGAACACAACGCUAUAAUUUAACAUGAUCUAUUUCUUUGUCAUGUCCUUAACACGAUAAAAAAAGAAUUACCCUAAAUUGUUUACCUUUCAAAAACAUCGCCUUGAUUUCAAAAUGAUCGUUGCAACUGAUGCCGGUAUAAUUUACAGAGCUUGUGCCAUAAUAUAUUUCUAAGUAUAUAUGUCAUAUUUUUUACAGAUUUCUUUUUUUCUUUACAUUAUAUUUUCAGUUUGAGAUUUUAGUACUAUUUGACCACUUAUGCCUUUCUAGAAGCUGUGGAUUGCCUUAUUCUGUUGGAAGGCAGAGUUAUGUGUUAAUGUUUGCUAUAAAUAUUCCUAAAGCAGUGCAAUAAUAAAAAAAAUAUUAUAUCAUAUUCAAUAUUUAAAUAUAUACAUACUAUAUAUAUAAUAUUUAAUAUUUCUAUAUGUAUAUAUAUUUAAUCUUUCUAUAAUAUAUAUAUAUAUAUAUAUAUAUAAUAUUUCAUAUAUAAUGUUUAUAUAUUUCGGCAAUAUUGCCCAUAUUGCCAAGUAGUUUUAGCCAAGUUCGAAGCACCUCUUUCCCCCUGCUGGUGACAUGCGUGGGCCUCCUAGCUUGUUCUGUUCCUCCGUUCACUGCUGAUGUUGAAGUUUUUUCAGUUGUAUUUUUUGCCUGUAGAAAACGUUUAUUAAUUGAUGACGAGCAAGAUUAUGAAUUCCUUCUCUCAGAAAUCACCUAUACAGAAGUUAGGAAGUCUUUCUCUGCAAUGAACGUGCUUGAAGCAAUGGCAUCAGUCAAUGUCACCACACGAUUGAUAUGUCAACUGAUUUUGUUGAAUGAAUCGCAUAUAUUUCAAAAAUAUAUAUUUUGUUGACUUUCACUUUUUUGAGGAACAAUUUAACAUAUGAGGGACAAAUCUUGCAGGACCUAUAUUCAGGUCUGUAAGUAUAAUCUGCCACUCGUGGUCAAAUAUUUCACUCGCUUGCAGUCCAUUCAAUUAUACCUCUAUUUUUAAAAAGUGUAAUUUAUUUUCAGUUUAGAAGAAAUACUGAACAAGAAAUACGUUAAUUUUUGUUUGAAGAUGUUUUGAUUCUAUUUUCUUUCCUUCUGUCAUCUAUUUACAUGCUACUGAUGCUGCAGCCUAAUCAUAGUCUUGUAUAUUUUGUAAAGUACAGAGAGAGAUAGAUUCAAGUGGUUCUUUGACUGAAUGAUGGUCUUUGGAUUUAGGCUGACAAUUCUUCCUGGUAAAACAAAAAUUGGCACAGCUUUUAUUUUUGUCUAUGGAAAUUAUAAUUCAAUAAAAAAGUUUUGUAAUCAACAAAAAA